AAAAUGAACUCAGCUACCAACGUUCAACUACUGUGCUCAGUUGGACUUUGAAUGCUUUUGUACGCUACAAAGAUACUUCGACCCUUUUCACCCGCUCCAAAACGUCUAAUUGCCAACUUGCCUUCCAAUGUAUGGAGUUUGCACCCCGAAAGAAUUGGUACGGCUGUUGGAGACGGCUUGUGUAGGGUGUCUGGUUUUGACUAGCUUGUUCAUGCGUCUGCUGACCUCGAGCGUAGCACCAUUAUGGUUUCAAAUAUUCUCGCACCUCUCAGCACCAUCGGAAUUAGAGCCACGUACGCUCCCUGUGCACAAAGGGGUGCUUGUUCGUCCAUACGUUUCCCAGUCUUGAACACUCCUCCCCUGGUCCCUGUCGUGGUAUUCGAUUGAUUGUUGGUCCACGUCUAGACCUAUACUUGCCCCGAGCCCACCCAAGAACGAUCAGUCCAUCUGUCAUGUAUUUCGACGCUCGAGUGAUCAGCGAUGAUGGCAUUAACAGUUGA